ACCGUCGUCCCAUCUCAAAUACAAAGCGCACCCUCGAGACUUCACACGUGUGAUAGAUACAAACCGUUUUUCAAAUGAACUUGGCGCGAAGGACAUGGGAAGAACACAAUCAACGGCUAGCUUUCUUCCUUCUGCCUCAUCAAUCUCUUUCCACCAAAACCCAGAAGAGAAAUGCAUCUCUUUCCUCAAAUUCACCACUCACAUCCAUCAAUUCAAUCAAAUCCUCGCUUAUUUAUUCACCAAUGGCCUAAAAAACUCCAGCUUUCUCGCCACCAAGCUUGUCGAUUUCUGCAGUUCUACUAAUCGGAUGCAGGUCGCUUCUUCGAUCUUUCGCCAGAUUCCCCACCCAAGUUCCUUCCUUUGGACGGCCAUGAUAAGGGGUUUCUCCCAAAACGGCCCUCAUCGCUUAUCAAUACUCUUCUUCUAUGAAAUGCGCUGCCAAGGCACCAACCCGAACCACCUCACAUACCCUUUUGUUUUGAAGGCUUGUAGCAGCGUUUUGGCUAUCUUAGAAGGAAAGCAGAUUCAUGCCCAGAUCUUAAAAACCGGCUUUCUGUCCGAUGUUUACAUCCGAAACAGCAUUCUUGAUUUGUAUGUGAAAUGUGAGUCAAUUAGAGAUGCGUGUGUUGUGUACGACGAAAUGCCUGAACGAGAUUUUGUGUCUCACACCUCGAUUAUUUCUGGGUAUUUUGGUGUCGGAGAUUCGGUCUCAGCUCGGUUGGUUUUCGAUGUGGUUAAAGGCACAGAUGUUGUCUUGUGGAGUGCAAUGAUAGCAGGAUACGCUCAGAAUGGCGAACCCGGCGAAGUUUUGGCGUUGUUCGAGCAAAUGCAGAGUUUGGGAGUGAAACCGAAUUCAGUCACAAUGGUGAGUGUGGUGUCCGCCUGCACUCAGAUGGGAGAUUCUGAGAGGGGGAAGUGGGCGCAUGAUUUCAUGGUGAGGAGCGGUAUGGAGAUGAAUAUGAUAGUUUGUACCUCUUUGUUGGAUAUGUAUAUUAAAGGCGAAUUCAUCAAUGAAGCUCGUGAAAUGUUUAACCGAAUGCCGCAAAGAGAUGUUGUUUCUUGGAAUUCUUUGAUUAAUGGGUAUGCGAAGAAUGGUUAUGCGAAUGAGGCUUUGGAAGUCUUUAGAGAGAUGCAGGAUUCUGGAGUGGAGCCAAAUAAGGUCACGUUUUGUAGUGUUCUUUCUUCAUGUGCUCAACUAGGAGCAAUUGCAAAAGGAAGAGAAAUUGAUUACUUGUUGGAGGAGAUGGGAAUGGUGUCUGAUUUAUCAGUAGGAACUGCCCUCUUGGAUAUGUAUGCAAAAUGCGGGUGCCUGAUGGAUGCCCGUCAAGUUUUCAAUAGAAUUUAUCCAAGAGAUGUUGUCAUGUGGAGCACCAUGAUAAACGGAUUCGCCUUGAAUGGCCAUUACCAAGAAGUGAUUUCUCUGUUUGGGCGAAUGUUCAAGGAAGGGGUCCAGCCAAAUGAGGUCACUUAUCUGGGUAUAUUGACAGCAUGUUCACAUGGAGGCAUGAUUGAUGAAGGACGCAGGCAUUUCAGUUCCAUGAUUAGACACCAUUGUAUUCAACCUGGAAUGGAACACUAUGCUUGUAUGGUAGACCUACUCUGCCGAGCUGGACAGAUUGAUGAGGGUAAAAGGUUUAUAGAGGAAAUGCCCAUUGAACCUAGUGCUAGUGUAUGGGGAUCUUUGCUUGGUGCUUGUGCAACCCACAAAAACAUCCAGAUUGGCGAGUAUGCUGCUCGACAUCUCAUUGAGUUAGAACCUGAUAAUGAUCUGAUUUAUGUGUUUUUAUCAAACAUAUAUGCGGGCGCGAGUAGAUGGAAGGAUGUUGAGAAUGUAAGGAUGAAUAUGAGAUGUUCUGGCACUCGGAAGACUCCUGGAUGUAGUUGGAUAGAGGUGGAAGACAAGAUUCAUGAGUUCCUUGUGGGAGAUCGGACGAAUCCUCUGUAUCCGCAAACGUACAGGAUCUUGGAUUGCUUAUCGAAGCAAUUGAGAUUGAUUGAGGAUUUUCCUUUUCAAGAAACAUUCAAUACAUUCGGCUAAUUCUGUUGGUUCUCUUUCAUUGCUCUGCAUGAGUAUGAUGAUUCUUUAUUGUGGCCACUCAAACUCAAAAUGGAGGGCAUGCAAAAUGCUCUCGCCACUACCUAAGCUACCAAUUUUGGCAUUGGAUAUAGCAUGCCUACAACUUCUGUGCUCAAGGUGUAUUGAUCAAACGCGACUGACCACUGAUGCAAAUAUGCUACCAGUUUUGAAGUUUUUCGGGAUUACAUGUUCACAUGUGUUAUUUUUCCAGUUCAUGAGACUAGGGUUUGGUGCAUUUUGGGAUAAUAUAGUUUCAUGAAACAUGAAGGCAAGCAGCACGGAUUCAUGUGCAGGAGAGGGAAGCAUCUGUUUCUAAAUGUUAGCAAGUAUAAACAGCUAGGAAGCGGGAGAGAGCACAAGUCCAAAGCAUGAUCUGAAGCUAGAGCAGCGCCAGAGUAGAAGGUUCAUCAAAAAGAAUAUAGUUUUGUGGCGCAAUAUCAAAGUCAUGUUGCCAAGAGUGUGGGUAUGGACAUCAACUAAUGAAAGUAUCGAGACCAUCGAUCUUCUAAAUCCAAAAUUCUCGAAGUGAAGUACAGUAAAUAUAGAUGACAAUUUAUAGAUAUGACAUGUUUAUAGCAGAAUUGAUGCAGCUCACUAUAAACCAACCUGAGGACCUUGACAACCUGACCCGACCCAACCUUUAACUCAGGUUGGGUCCAUAGGGUUCAGAUUAACCUGAACCCAAGUUGCAGCCUUAAUUGCACAUGCCAAUUGUACUAGUUCAUUUAAAGUAAGGUUUUGAUAAAGAUUCCUGAAAUUUCCCUUCUUAAGUAAAAACAUGUGUUGAUCAAAUAAUGUUACAACCAUUC